UUCGGCACUCGCCCUCACUACGACUGGUCUCCUUCGGAUGCCCUUAUGGAAUUCUUGGAAUUGGAUAAUUCUAUCCAUCACACCAAGCCUUUUCCAGACUCUGAACGCAAAGCGAUCAUUGAGUCUUAUCCUCCUAUGGCCCAUCUUGACUAUCGCGCUCCUGCUACCAUUCCCACUGCUGAGCGUAUGAUGAAUCGAGAACAAAAGUACGAGGAUCACUCUCUCAAGCAACUUCAGUGCCUCUUGUCGGCCGCCUCUCGCCCUCUGGACAUUCUCAUUCAUGAGAUGUUCACCCACGAAAACGGUAAUCCCAACUUGGAACGUUACAGUACCAUGCUGCGUGAUAUCCGACGUCUUCUCCUUCAUGUUUACUCAAUGAUGACUCAGCAGCGAAACAAUCUCGCUUUGCGAGCUGUCAAUCCAUCCUUCAGUAUCGACAACGAUUCUAAAGCCAACUACACCCUUCCUUUGGAAGAGUUUCAACAGACGCUCGUUCAACAAACUGCUGCCAGAAAGGCAACUCGUGAGGCUACUGUCAAUCGCAAGCAACGUCGCUUCAAUCGUAACUCUUCCAACUCUGGUUCUACUUCUACUGGGACGGAUCCUUCGUUUUUUAGGACAGGUCCACCCUCGGAGCAGGGUGGUUUCCUCAGCAACAACAGCAACCACAACAACAACAGUACCAACAACAGCAACAAC